AUGGACGGAAAAAACGAAAAGAACGGAAAGGACGAAAAGGACAAAAAAGACGAAAAUGACCAAAAGGACCAAAAGGACCAAAUGACGAAAAGAACGAAAAGGACGAAAAUGACGAAAAUGACCAAAAGGACGGAAAUGACCAAAAGGAGGAAAAAGACCAGUAGGACGAAAAUGGCCAAAAGAAGGAAAAGGACGAAAAUGUCCAAAACGAGAACGUUGACUUCAAACGGAAAGAUCAAGCGAGAGAACAUAUCUUAUAGAGAAGCCGAUAUUAGUCUAACUAAAGAAAUGUGGUCUUUCAAUAAAAACUCGCACAGAUAA